GAACACUGCAAGAAGACUACCUUGGGUAUGGAUGCUAGCAUUUAAAACAAGGACCCACAAUAUAAGAUACAAGACAAAGAAACAUGGGGAGAAAGUUGAAAAGGCAGUACAAGCCCCGGAAUGUUCCACAGAUACCUCGCAUUCGAGUCCCUGCCUCUGCUGCUGACAACCCACUACUGAAGGACCUAAAUCAAGGGCAGCGGUGCUACUUCUACAGCAUCAUGAGGAUUUAUGACUCCAGGCCCCAGUGGAAGGCCCUGCAGAACCGGUACAUCCACAGCCUUGGGUACAAGCAGCAGCUGGGCUAUAUCACUUGGCAGGAGGCUGUGUCUUGUGCUGUUUUACUUAGGCACUCAACCAUGCAAGCCUCAGCCAAGGCAGCUCCUCCAAGUGCCGUUCUCCGAAACUCUUCAGCCACACAAAGAAAAUGCCGGCCCACAAAACCAGAGUCUAGAGCUGGACCAAGGACCUCCAGCGCAGCACGCUGAGCAUCAGGACCAUAAUCUAUAAAAUAGGCAGCUCACAGGUGUAUUCCCAGCAUCCUAGUAGGCGCUUGGUGUGUGUUUGUUGUAUGACAAUGAAGAUAAGAUUACUAACAGGCUCCAAAGCUACAGAGAAACCCUGUCUCGAAAAACCAAAUAAAUAAAUAAAUAGAUUACUAAUAGGGCCUCUAGACCUACACAUCAUCCCAUCUUCACAUAAACAGCACAAACAAGAAGAAGAUAGGAGAUUUGCAAGCUAUAGCGUACAUAAUAAGCAAGUUUUACCACACGUAGUCUAUGAAAUAAAGGGACUUCCAAAGCUUUCAAAGUAAAGGCUGCUUUUGAGUUCCAAAGUCCCAGUGAAGUCCGCAGGACAGUAGAAGGGGACAAGUGCCCGAACCUCUAUCCCUGAGUGACCGCUUCCUGCAAGCUGCCCAUUGCACUUCUGAAAAUAACCAACCCACACAGCCAAUACUGAUUCUGGAGAUUUCUGGAGUCACAGUGUUAGUGACAAAUGCCACGUGCCCCUUCCUACCCUCAUCCAUACCAGGCAAUAAUAUUCACUCUGGUCCUGCAGUUUCUGGUUCCUGACUUAAUCUGCUUUGUGUCCUUUUGAAAUUUGUGUUUAUCAGUCUGGUGCUGCCAGGUUGAGUCUACACAGCUGUAAUUGGCCUUGACAUGGGUAAGGUAAUUCAUGCACACAUCCGCCCCUGGCAGCAACAAACACUCUCAGCGGAACAGAAAAUAGCCCCAAAGAAUGGAUCACAAGGCUUGUCUUUGAAGAUCUUGAGAACUCGCACAAGGCCGUGUAAACAAGUAAAUAACAAGGAACAGGCAGUCAGAUUUCUCUACAAAUGGCACCGUGCCAUAUUUGUUAUGUUUAAUAGUGACUUUCUUCACCAAUUAUUCUAUUAACUGUGUGUGUGCCAAAAAUUAGUGAUCCUAUACAAGCAAAUUAAAAACUGUCACUUCUUUGUCUCUAUUUUUUUUUAAAAUGCCAUUCAUGUCAGCCAAUGACUAUCACCAUGUGAGAAAUUGUUGAGUUAGAACUUACUUCACAAGGGAGAUGGAGCAUUUGUCUGAAAAGAAGAUGGGACAAUUCUACCACACCCCCUUUCCAGUCCAAACCUAAAAUAACAAAAAUCAAAAACCCAUCCUUGAUAAGGCCUUCUCUUUGCAGCCAUUAACAUAAAAGAUAUGAAAUCAGUCAAAAGCUUCUAAAGAGCCAUAUUUUAGGGCGUAUAAUUCUGUCUGACUUUUCUGGGUGGAGCGAGGGGCAUGGUUGUCCCAUGCGUGUACCAGGAAGACUUGGGAUAGCAGGACAACGUUUGACCAGAUGCUGCUCUGGCUCAUACUGCCCAUGGUCAAUGUGGAGGGACUAAGGGACAAUAUGCCUAAUCAUGGAGAAGCUUCUUGACCACCCUGAUUCUGACUCAAGCAUUCUCUGCAGAUGACGCUAUUAAAUUAGGGAUUCUUAGGUAGCUUCUAAAAAUCCCAUAGAACUGGGGUGAACUGUGAGGGAAUCCUCAUAAGAGGUGGAGGAUGGUGGCAGCCCUACCCGUCGAUAUUAACCUUCCUGCUACCACGUUGAGCCUUUUAUCUCCAGGAACUGCUGACAUGUGCUUUCAGCACGGACUUUGUGACUUGGCUGGCCUAGGCGCCUGCUGAGUAAGCAUUAGCUCCUUGCACCGAAUAGCAAGAAUAACAAACACAGAGCAUCAGCGCUGCGACCCUGCAUCAGACCUCAGCAGCACGUCUCUCUGACAGAGGCUUUUACAAUCAAUCCUAUGCGCAGGUGAAUGUCAAGGGCUCGUAAGAAGGACAAACGGGUUUAAUAGAUGUAAAUUGGUGCAGGAGCCCUUCUCACUGGUUCCCCCUUCUGAGAGGAUAAUGCUCCCCAUUCAGCUAGAGUCCCACACUUGAAGCUUGGAAAGAUGUGGUAGGUUAGGGAGCUUGAAAGAAAGAUGUUCACUGAAAAGGACACUAAGAAAGAUAAUCAAAGAGGUAGAAAGAACACACGAAGGUUUUAGUAACCCUACUGCUUCUAGUUGGAGACUCCGCUGCUGUCGCUCACAAUGACCACUAUUAACACGGGGAGAUCAAGGAACUAUUUUACCUAAAAUUGCUAACAUCUGAAAGAGACCCUGACUGUUGAAGACAAUCAACAAAUAACACCUGUUGAACAAUAUUGACGUUUUCAAAGUUUGCAGUCAGACUAACUGGCCUCUGGCUUUGUGAUAAUGCUUCAAGGGUCCCAGGAAGCUACACCACUGGGGAGGCCUGGCAGUGGUUGUCAGGGAGAAGUGAGCAGGAGUUCAUCCGAGAUGCAGGCAAGAGCGGUGCAGCCAAGAACUUUCAAAAGAUAAAAAAGCUGAAUAACGCUGGUUUCCUUUUUAUAAUCGUCAAGACAGUUGGGGACAGAAUGUGCUCCCCACUCUUUUCUUGAUAUAAAUCCUAAACAAUUGCUAAGGGAACAGGAGUUCUGUCUUUUAAUUAUCCUUUUGUCUCUGUUGGAAAUAGUUAGGAAGAUGCCUUGUGUUGUGGUCCUGACAUUGUUUGAUUGUACUGAAUGGGACCCCUGGCUGGAGUUUAUUCCUCAUUGUGCUGAUGUGGGGAGGUGGGACAGAACCACUGCAGUGUGGAGCCUCACAGAUUUAUGGGGAAUUGUGGGAGGCAUCACUCUCAGGGGAACUGAUGUGGCUGUUAUGAGACCCCAGGUAAUUCUUAUAAAAGACCAUCACAAAACCCAGCAGUCAUAAGAUAGCAAUUCUGAUACUUCCUUUUGCUUCUUGGUGAGUGACCAUUUUGUAAAUAUUCAAGUGUUCUUAGACAAUUGUAUAUUCUUUAAUGGAUGACUGUGGAAAUAAAACUUUAUGCCCA